UGAAUCACGGUCACAUCAUUAUUUCUCAAAUGCGUCUAUGUUUCUAUCCAUUGAUUUUUAGCGGGUCUUAUAGUUGUGACAAAUAUAAUGCCAAUUAUUGCUAUAAUUCUAGUUGUUUGUUUUAUUGGACGUCUUAUUGUCUACUUUUGGAAGCGUGAGCCGAAAGGCGAAAAUGGCAAAAAGGAUGCAAAAGAAUUUGGCUGCAGUCUUGGCGACCUUCGCGGACUCAUGGAGGCUCGCGGAGCUGAGGCGAUAGUUCGGCUGUCCACAGAACACGAAGGCGUCGAGGGAUUGUGCAAGAAAUUGAAGACUGACUCGUUGGUUGGUCUCAAUGGUGAACAAGCAGAUCUCGAUCGACGACGACAUGUCUACGGAGCCAAUACUAUUCCACCAGCCAAAAGUAAAGGAUUCGUGCGGCUCGUUUUGGAUGCAUGCAAGGACCCGACUCUUGUUAUCCUGGUACUUUCCGGCUUCAUCAAUUUAGCUCUAUCAUUCUACGAACCGACAUCGGCGGCCGAAGACGCAACUCAACACCUUGUCAACGCGACGACGGCGGCAAUUCUUGCCAAUGGAACCUUUAUGUCAACCACCGAAGCACCAUCUGAAGGUCAUGGAACUGCAUGGAUUGAAGGAGUUGCUAUUCUUCUCUGUGUUAUUGUCGUCGUGCUGGUCACCGCUGUCAACGAUUAUUCGAAAGAACGACAGUUUAGAAGUUUGCAGGAAAAGAUUGAAACUGGCCAAAAGUUCUCUGUUAUUCGUAAUGGGGAGGCUAUUGAUGUCCCCGUCUCUGAUCUGGUAGUCGGUGACAUUGCACGUGUCAAAUAUGGUGAUCUUCUUCCUGCCGAUGGAUUUUUGAUUCAGAGUAAUGAUUUGAAGAUCGAUGAAUCAUCCCUCACUGGAGAAUCAGAUCACAUCAAAAAGAGCAUUGAAUCCGAUCCAGUUCUCCUUUCGGGAACAUAUGCUAUGGAAGGUUCCGGAAAAAUGCUCAUCACUGCCGUAGGAGUCAACUCACAAACUGGUAUUAUCAUGACUCUUCUCGGGGCUGGAAAAGCUGGAAUCGGAGAUGAUGACUCUACAUCAACAUCUUCAAGUUCUUCUUCAUCAUCUAGUUCAUCCGGAAGUUCGUCUAACGGAAGCUCUGACAGCUCAAAAUCUGGCGAUGACGACUUGACAGCCAAAUCAGUUCUGCAAGCUAAACUUUCCAAGUUGGCCCUUCAAAUCAUCUAUUGUGGAACUACAAUUGCCAUCAUUGCACUUAUCGUCUUGGUCACUCGAUUCUGUCUUGACCACUAUGUUUUUGAAAAGAACGAGUUCUCACUGGUCGAUAUUCAAAUGUUCGUCAAGUUCUUCAUUAUUGCUGUUACCAUCUUGGUCAUUUCCAUACCUGAAGGUCUUCCAUUAGCUAUUGCUCUUGCUCUUACUUACUCUGUCAGAAAAAUGAUGCACGAUAACAACUUGGUCCGUCACUUGGAUGCAUGUGAGACUAUGGGAAAUGCUACUUCAAUUUGCUCUGACAAAACUGGAACUCUCACUACCAACCGAAUGACUGUUGUUCAAUCAUACAUCAACGGAAACCAUUACACCAGUCAAGAAGCUCAACCACAUGGAGCCAACCUUCCAGGAAGCACUGGCCCAAUUCUUAUGGAGGCUAUCUCAGUCAACUGUGCCUAUAACUCAAUGAUUGUGGAGCCAACAAAAGCUGGAGAGCAAAUUCAGCAACUUGGAAACAAGACCGAAUGUGGUCUUCUAGGAUUUGUAAACCGUCUUGGAGGUGACUAUGCUGCCAUCAGAAAGAAGUUCCCAGAACAUGACCUCACCAAGGUCUACACUUUCAACUCUUCUCGUAAAUGCAUGAUGACUGUUGUGCCAUAUGCCGAGAAUGGCCAGAAUAUCGGAUACCGUGUCUAUUGCAAAGGAGCCUCUGAGAUUGUGCUCGGCAGAUGUACAUACUUGAUCGGUUCUGACGGAAAGCCACAUCAGCUUACUGGUGAUCGAUUGAAGGAGAUUACAUCUACUAUCAUUCAUGAGAUGGCUAACAGUGGUCUGAGAACUAUCUGUGUUGCUUAUAAGACAAUCAUCAAGAAGGGAACAAGAGAUGUGGAGAAGACUGAGAUCGAAUUCGCCGAAGACUCUGAUAUCGAUUGGGAUGACGAGGAUGCCAUGUACCAAAACUUCACCGGAAUUGCUAUUUGCGGAAUUCAAGAUCCAGUUCGACCAGAGGUACCAGUCGCAAUUUCAAAAUGCAAAAAAGCUGGAAUCACUGUAAGAAUGGUUACUGGUGAUAACAUCAUGACCGCCAGAGCAAUUGCAAUGUCCUGUAAAAUCUUGGAACCCGGAGAGGACUUUCUGGCUCUUGAAGGAAAGGAAUUCAAUGAGAGAAUCCGCGACGAAAAUGGAAAAGUCUCUCAGGCAAAACUUGAUGAAAUCUGGCCACGUCUUCGUGUGUUGGCUCGUGCUCAACCUGCUGAUAAGUACACUCUUGUUAAGGGAAUUAUCGACUCAAAAGCUACUCCACAAAGAGAAAUUGUUGCUGUAACUGGAGAUGGUACAAAUGAUGGUCCAGCUUUGAAGAAGGCUGAUGUUGGAUUCGCUAUGGGAAUUGCUGGAACUGACGUUGCAAAGGAAGCUUCUGAUAUUAUUUUGACUGAUGAUAAUUUCACUUCAAUUGUUAAAGCAGUUAUGUGGGGAAGAAAUGUGUACGAUUCCAUCUCCAAGUUCUUGCAAUUCCAACUCACUGUCAAUGUCGUCGCUGUCAUCACUGCCUUCGUUGGAGCUGUCACAGUGUCUGAUUCACCAUUGAAGGCAGUUCACAUGCUUUGGAUUAAUCUUAUCAUGGACACUCUUGCUUCAUUGGCCCUCGCAACUGAACAGCCAACUGAUGAACUACUCGAAAGAAAACCAUACGGUCGCAAGAAGUCGCUCAUCUCAAGAACAAUGGUCAAGAAUAUUCUUUGUCAUGCUCUUUACCAACUUAUCAUUAUCUUUGUCAUCUUCUUCUACGGAGACACCAUCUUUGGAAUCAAGACAGGACUCUAUGCACCACUCUUCGCUCCACCAUCACAACAUUUCACUUUGGUUUUCAAUGCAUUCGUUAUGAUGACUGUCUUCAAUGAGAUCAAUGCUCGUAAGGUUCACGGAGAGCGUAACGUGUUUAAAGGAUUGGCAUCUAACCGAGUUUUCUGUGUCAUUUGGGUUACAACAUUCAUUGCUCAAAUCAUUAUUGUUCAAUUCGGAGGUGCCUGGUUCUCAACUGCUCCACUUACGCUUCAACAAUGGAUUGUAUGCCUCGUUCUUGGAUUCUCAACUCUUAUCUGGGGACAAAUUGUGGCAACUAUCCCAUCAAAGAAGCUACCAAAGGCCUGGAAAGUUGGAAAGGGAGAAGUUCAACCAGCCAAUCUUCACAUCAAUGGAGACUACAAUGUCCGUGCUCGUUCCCGUGCGGUUACUCUUCGCAGAUCUGGAAAGUCACUCUGGGUUAGAGGAAUGUUCAUUAUUGGAAACCAUCUCCGCGUUCUUCGUGCUUUCGGAAUGGAAAAGAGUGAAAAGGCUGCCUUCGGACGUACUGCUCCAGCAAUGACGGCUGAAGCUGCUGAACGCUGGCGUGCCAGUUACCGCAAGUACCGUCACCAGAAACAUCAAGAGAAGAAAGCCACCGCGGAAACUGCUGAAUCUGUGAAAUCUGCCGACUGGGCCAAGGAACAGAAGGAAAAGAAGAAGACGUUCAAACAGAUCAAACAGGUUGCACGUGGAAAGAGUCUUGACAAGGAUUCUAAGAAGCAUCACAAGAAGAGGAAGGAUCAGACAAAUGUCGAUAUGGAAGACAUUGAACUCAAUUAGAUUACCUCGUAGUUUUGUAGACAUCAUCAUUAUCAUCCACCUCUAGAUGCUUUCAUUGGCUCCCGCUCGUCAGCUUCUAACCUAUAUCUCCACCCCCAUCACUUUAAAACUUUUCUUAAUACUGAAACAGAAAACAUUUCUCCCUCAAAUUGUGCUGUAAAAUGUGUGUAAAAGCGUGUAGAAACAUGACCAAACAUAUCCUCCAAAUGUUUUUCUCUGGGUCUUCUAUCCGGUUUUUUGAUAACUGGAUGGAAAAUCGUAGAAGCUAUUUGUCUCAUAUUCCAUUGUUUAUAUAUUCGAAUGCGUUUUCAUUUUUUGUUGUUAUAGCAUCUAAAAGUAAAACUUUAUCGUUUCGAUGAGCCCCCAUCAAUUUUCUUGCAAAACAUUUAGCGCUUCAGCUAAAGGUGCAGCUCCUCUUUCAUUUCCACUCUAAUUACCCCCCGCUUUUUCUUAACUUUCAGACAUUUUCACUUUCUCUCUCUCGUGACCACAGUUGUAUAAUUUAUCUCUCUGUGUCUCUGCUCUCUCACACUCACUCAAACUUAUGAAAAAAUGACGUAUAGGGUAUAUAUACCCCAUGAACAACAGGCGAAAAUAAAAUGAAUUCAAUUGAU